ACUUCCGGCGGCGGUCAGCGCCUCCCGCCGGCCAUGUGCCUCCUCCAGAGGCUGCCGUUACCGGCAUCUCAUGCUGUAGCCACCGCCGCAGCCGUCUUUGGCGGCCAGCACCUCCGGUUUCCCGACCGUCGAUUCCGACGGCGGUACAGCCGCUGUCCUUGCCGCGUGCGGCACAGAUCUGAUCCAGUGCAGUGUUUCCGGACAUCGGUUGUGUUUCCGGCCAUCGAGCCGUGUGGUGUUUCGUUAUUCGGAUUGUUAUCAUGCAGUCGGACCGUGCUCCGUCCUGCGGAUCUAUAUCGCGUCCGGCUUCGAGCUACUGGAGCCAGCUACGCGUUUGGUGGACAUUUAUCUACUAUUCGGGAUCGCGACGACUCCGUCAGCUCACUGAUCCAUACGAGGGCGCCCCCCUGGGCCAGGGUACGUUCUCGUACUCGAUAUCUGUUUAUUUUACUACUAUUCUGUUAUUAUCUGGAUACUCAUACAUUUGUGGGAUUCGCCUCGAGCACCGAGGUACCAGAGACCGGGGGGAACCCGGUCGCUGGAUACAGGUACAGUUGACCGGAGGAGGACUUCUGACGAUCUGGUCAACGCAGCGGACAGCUCACCCCCGGGUCGUGAGGAUGCGGUCCACAUUCCAGACACGUCACACCGGCAGCUCAAAAGUUAUGCUCAUCGAGGAGUAGAAUUUAACUAAUUCACAAUCUAAAAAGAGUUAACGGCGAUCUAGUUUGGUGACACAAACACCAACAAAAAAAAGAGUCCAUAAUCCAUGGAAAAUUUGA